CCGGUGCCCUGCAUUCAAACAUGCUGGUUCUAGCCCCAAGAACACGGCCAAGGUUGCGUUGCUGUUUUACACAAUGUCUGCAAAGCCACUACGCCAGCGCGUCCGCGCCCUACUUCCUGACCUGCACCUGGGCUUCCACCCCCCAGGCCGCCUCAACUCCAUCACCGACGUGCCCGGAGUGCUGGUGCACACCACAACCAUCCGCGGGCCCCCAAACCCGGACCCGGCGCGGCCGGCAUCGGUGAUCAACACGGGGCUCACGGCCAUCCUGCCGCGACGUGACUGGCUCGACUCGGCCUGCUACGCCGCCACCCACACCUUCAACGGCGCGGGCGAGCUGACGGGGGCGCACUGGAUCCGGGAGACGGGGCUGCUAGCCAGCCCCAUCGUGCUGACGGGCACCUUUUCCGUCGGGGCCGCGCACGAGGGCGUCUACCGGCACGCCAUCAGAGAGCGGGCCGGCGAGGAUGGCAUCGCCGACGUCGCGCUCCUCCCCGUGGUUGGCGAGACGUACGACGGCUUCCUCAACGACGGCGCCGCCAUGGCCGUGCGCCCCGAGAUGGUGGUGGCGGCCAUCGACGCCGCCAGCGCCGACGCCGUGCCCGAGGGCAACACGGGCGGCGGCACCGGCAUGGUCACCAUGGGCUUCAAGGCCGGCACGGGCAGCGCGAGCCGCGUGGUGCGCGGCGCGGUGCGCGGGGCGCCGCGGGACUUUGUCGUCGGCGCGCUCGUGCAGUCCAACUUUGGCAAGAUGAACGACCUGCACUUUGGCAGCGUGCCCGUCGGGCGGGUGCUGGCGCGGGAGGCGGGCGAGGAGGAGCGGCGGCGGCGGGCCGCCGGCAACGAGGAUCGCGUCGGCGACGGCUCCAUCAUCGCCGUGCUCGCGACCGACGCGCCGCUGCACCCGGCGCAGCUGCGGCGGCUGGCCAAGCGCGCGACCGUGGGGCUGGCGCGCGCGGGCGGCUUCGGCUCCAACUUCUCGGGUGACAUCUUCCUCGCCUUCUCGACCGCGGCCGCCGUCGAGGCCAACCCGGCGGUGCCUGAGGGCAUGACGCCCAUGGAGGCCAAGUUCGUGGCGCGGGUCGACCAGGCCGUCGACGUGGUGCAGGACGCCACCAUCAACGGCCUGUUCGAGGCCGCCGCCGAGGCCGUCCACGAGUCCAUCCUAAACGCGCUGUGCAUGGCCGAGGACACGGUGGGCCCGCGGGGGAACAGGAUGGACGCGAUAGACCUGGACAAGGUGACGCGGAUUGUUGAGCGGUACUUUUCGGGCAUAUAGCGACUGCUGUUAGUCUGGCGGCUGUUGCUGAACCUGUAUGGAUACUUCUUGCCGUGAUUUGGGCUCUCACGCCAGUUCUUCAGGGAGGCGAGAACAGACAGUGCCCGAAACUAGCAACGCAGCAACGUGCCAAAGCCACUUUACACCAUUUUCGGAUCUAGCCGGAUCUUAAACUCGCGGAACCCCAAGCGUGCCGCCGCCAUCAGUAUCUUGCCCACUUCCUUGGGGAUAAACCGGACCAGCCAGACGACC